UGAAAAACAAUGAUAAAGCAAAAGACAUGAAAGCGUAUUGAGCUAAGAAAUCAUAAAAUUCCACAGUCCUUCACCCCCAAAUCCACCCUCCCUCCCCAAUCCUAGGCUCAUCCUAGCCCCAGGACCAGCCCAGAAAAUCGGACCUCACCUCCCUCAUCAUUUCCGUCGAGAGGCCCUUGAAAGAUCGUCAGACAGAAUCAAUGUCCAUGUGAGACAUUAAUUCAUGUAUUUACCAGCAUCUAUCUAUUUACUCAACAAAAUUAUAGAAGUUUGAUGUUGCGAAAGGGAAAUCAGACAGGGCCGGUAACUUAAAUGAAUGGAAGAACAAUCAUAAGAGCCUUCAUCAUCCCCCCACAACAACAACAACAUUGUCGCGGGUUGCUCUGUUUCUCAACCUCACCCUCCUACAACGUGCAAACAUGCAUUGCCACCCUCCAAUCGUGUGCCCACAAUGCAAACCUCUCCAAGGGCAAGGAACUCCACACCCACUUGCUCAAAAACGCUUUCUUUGGAUCCCCGCUCGCCAUCACAAGCCUCAUCAACAUGUACUCCAAGUGCACCCUCAUCAACCACUCCCUCAGAGUCUUCAACUACCCCACCCAUCUUGACAAAAAUGUCUUUGCCUACAACGCUCUCAUUGCUGGUUUCGUUGCAAACGCUCUUCCCCAACGUGGUUUUGCUCUAUAUAAGCAAAUGAGACAUCUGGGUGUCGUUCCUGAUAAGUUCAGUUUUCCGUGUGUCAUCAGAGCCUGUGGCGAUAUUAUGGAGGAUUUGGAGGUUAGGAAGAUUCAUGGGUUGUUGUUCAAAUUUGGGUUGGAGUUGGAUGUGUUUGUUGGCAGCGCGCUGGUAAUUACUUACUUGAAAUUUGGAGCGGUGGAGGAUGCGCAUGAGGUGUUUGAGGCGUUGCCUGUGAGAGAUGUGGUGCUUUGGAAUGCAAUGGUUAAUGGGUACGCGCAGAUUGGGAGGUUUGAAGAGGCUUUGGUGGUAUUUAGGAGGAUGGAGAGAGAAGGGGUGAUUCCUUGUAGAUACACUGUUACUGGGGUCUUGUCGAUAUUUUCUGUGACAGGGGAUUUUGACAGUGGACGUGCUGUUCAUGGGUUUGUGACAAAAAGGGGUUAUGAAUCAAGUGUUGUUGUUUCUAAUGCAUUGAUUGAUAUGUAUGGGAAAUGUAAAUGUGUUGGUGAUGCGUUGACUGUGUUUGAGGUGAUGGUGGAGAGAGACAUUUUUUCAUGGAAUUCGAUCAUAUCAGUUCAUGAACACUGUGGUGAUCAUUACGGAACUUUGAGGCUUUUUGAUAGAAUGCAGGUAAAAGGGGUUCGACCUGAUUUGGUUACUAUUACAACAGUACUUCCUGCUUGUACUCAUCUUGCAGCGCUGAGGCAUGGUAAAGAGAUACAUAGGUAUAUGGUUGUAAAUGGGUUGGGGAAGGAAGAAAGCCACAAUGAUUUUGAUUACGUUUUGUUGAACAACGCUUUGAUGGACAUGUAUGCGAAAUGUGGAAACGUGAGAGAUGCAUGCACGGUUUUUGACAACAUGAGGGAGAAGGAUGUGGCCUCGUGGAACAUCAUGAUAACAGGUUAUGCAAUGCACGGUUAUGGUGAUGAGGCAUUGGAUAUUUUUGGCCGUAUGUGUGAAGCUGAAAUGGUACCUAAUGAAAUCAGUUUUGUGGGAUUGCUGUCUGCGUGCAGCCAUGCUGGGAUGGUGAAGGAGGGGCUUUGGUUUCUAUCAGAAAUGGAGUCAAAGUAUGUUGUUUCUCCAUCCAUUGAACACUACACUUGUGUGAUUGACAUGCUCUGUAGGGCAGGGAUGCUGAUGGAGGCUUAUGAGUUAGUGCGAAGAAUGCCAUUUAAGGCUGAUCCUGUAGGAUGGCGAUCUCUGCUAGCAGCAUGCCGAGUCCACAAGGACAAGGACUUGGCUGAGAUUGCAGGUAGUAAGGUGAUUGAACUUGAGCCAGGCCACUGUGGAAACUAUGUGCUGAUGUCAAAUGUUUAUGGAGACGUUGGUCGAUAUGAGCAAGUGUCAGAGGUGAGGCAUACAAUGAAGCAACAAAAUGUGAAGAAGAGACCUGGUUGUAGCUGGAUUGAACUUGUUAAUGGUGUGCAUGUUUUUAUAACAGCUGAUAGGACUCAUCCUCACACUCAUUCUAUUUAUGCAGGCUUAAACUCAUUAACAGUUGUUCUGCAAGAGCAUGGUUAUGCCCCCUUUCUCUAGCAUAUGAACGCCAUUUUCUGUCAUCAGCUUUUGUAUUUUCA